AUGAGUUUGCGCUCCCGAUCUCUAUGCUCCUCCUACGAACUUGAACUUGAUGGGGAUCGCGAGCUCGAGCCUUGCUUAGGCUUUCUCCAACGGGAGAGUUUCUCCAUGGAGAUAAUCGAGAGUAUCUCGCCAGAGGAUCUUCAGCCAACGGUGGAGAUCUGCAUCGACGGACUGCAUUCUUCGUCGGUGGCGGUGAAGCGAUCGGCGGCGGCGAAGCUGAGGUUGUUUGCGAAGAACAGAGCGGACAACCGCGCUUUGAUUGGCGAGUCUGGUGCGGUGCCUGCUCUGGUUCCGUUGCUCUGGUGCAGCGAUCCGUGGACACAGGAGCACGUGGUCACGGCGUUGCUGAAUAUGUCUCUUCUGGAGGAGAACAAGGUGCUGAUAACUAAUGUUGGUGCGGUGAAGUCGCUGAUUUACGUGCUUAAAACAGGAACAGAAACUUCGAAGGAGAACGCGGCUUGCGCGCUAAUGAGUCUUGCAUUGGUGGAGGAGAACAAGAUCUCGAUCAGUGCUUGCGGGGCGAUAUCGCUGCUGGUUUCGCUGCUAUUGAAUGGUUCCCACAAAGGGAAGAAGGACGCACUGACGACACUGUAUAAGUUGUGUUCAGUGCGGCAGAACAAAGAGAGGACGGUGAGCGCGGGGGUAGUGAAGCCGCUAGUGGAGCUGGUGGUGCUAAAUAGCUUGGCGGGGAUUGAGGAGGGAAAAGAGGCGAUCAUGGAAGAAGUUGGUAUUGUUGCGCUUGUGGAGGCGAUCGAAGAUGGGUCGGUGAAGGGGAAGGAUCUGGAAUGUCGUUGGAGAAUCUAG